CAGAGAAUUAAUCAAGCUUCAAUAAUGUCUUUCUUUUCACCCCCUCCCCCUGAUGAGGACCCCUUCAAUGGGGCAAAUAAUUUUGCUCAAAAACAAAUGAAUGAGGCAACUAAAAACUUCACAGGGAUCAUAGCCAUUGUGAUUGUUGCGAACUUGGUACUUCUCGGGAUCAUUGUUGCAGUCUGUUGGUACUGUGUAAAGAAAUCGAGGAAAGCAUUACCUGAGAUACUCAGUGAAGUGAAGAUAGCAACUGCUACUACGUCGCGUCAGCCGCAGCAUGUGGUUCCAAUUUGGGAGGUUGAUGCACCCACCAUGGAGAAAUUUCUGCAAGAGUUGGCCAAGGAUAAGCCGGACUCCUUCAAUGAGGCGAAACUAAAAACGUCACCCAGAUGUGGAACGGCACCAUCGCCAUUGUGAUAUGUGGGCCUAUUGUUUUACUAGCUUUUUGUUGUGAAGAUGAAGUCCUUAUCUCGUUACGGGCCGGGCAUUAACUCAAGACACUUAGGGAACCAUUAAAUGAGACCCUUUUUUUUUUUUUUACAUAGAUCAACUUUAAGAAAAUUACUUUAUCCUG